GCGUGUUGAAAACUAGACUCAAAUAGGCGGUGUUACAGAGUACAGAGUACAAACACAAGAGGAGAAAAAAAGAAGAAAAACCCUCGUCUAUUUCCUCUACUUCAGGACCUGACAGUGAGACUCUACUGAGACAGUGAGUGAGAAUGGCGUCUUCUGGAAUUAGGGCAUUGAGAGGUUGCAGGGCACUCUUAGCCCCAGCCAAGUCCUCUGCUUCUUCUGCUUCUGCCGCUGAGGUUAUCAAGACCACCACCUCAAAGCAGCCAAAGCCAAAGGCAACAGCGAAGCCAAAACCAACAAAGACAGCAAAGGCGACUCCUUCUACAUCUACAACAGUGCCCAAAAGAGCCUCUGGGAUACAGAAAGUGAGUCCAAUCUCUCCACAACUCCAGACCUUCCUGGGUGCUCCUGAGGCCUCUCGUUCCGACGCCGUCAAGCAAAUCUGGUCCUACAUCAAGCUCCACAAUCUCCAGAAUCCGGCAGAUAAGAGGGAGAUCUAUUGUGAUGAGAAGCUCAAGGGCUUAUUUGAUGGAAAGGAUAAGGUUGGGUUCCUGGAAAUUGGAAAAUUGCUGUUCCGCCACUUUAUUAAGACCGAGUAACUGCUGACUCAGGUGUUUCCCUCAGGAUUGAUGCUCCCACCCUUUACAGAGCAAUCUCUUGUGACGUUUCUCGUUAAUCCUUUCGAAUGUUAUUAUGUUUCUUUAACUUCUGUUUAAGAGUGAACUCUCUGGGCUGGGUUUGCAACUAAAAAAAGUGUUUAGCUGGACAUGUUGUAAAAAGCAUUUAGGAAAAUUUAUCAGAUGGUAUUUAUGCAGCUCUCUGAUAUCAAGUUUACUGUUAUUUGUGCUAAAUGUUAGCUUAUAUUACCAGCAGGUUGUUCAAACCUUUGGUGGCUUGGAUUAUGGAGAAUUAUCUGGAUGUAUAUAAGCA